CUACAAGUAUAGCAGAACACGUUAAUAUGACUGCGUCAGAUUGCACAGCAAUAAUGAUUCAGUGAGGUGCUGUUCGCAAUUGUGGAAUACAUAUAUUAAAUAUCAAACAUCAUUUAGUGCGGAUUUAAGCGUUAAAGGAUUAAUGAGGACUAUUAAUUUGAAUAAACAAUAUAUGAAAAUAUAACAAUGCAAACAAAUAGAAAACUAUAUCUGUUUCUUUUUGCAUCAUUUUUGCAAACCAUAGUUGGACAAAUAUGUUCUCCAAUAAAAGCUUGCUAUCCUCCUUUGGAAAAUGUCCUUGCAGAAAUAGACAAAAUGGAUUCUCGUGUCAUCAGUGUAUCAUCUGUGUGUGGUGAUCCAAAUCCAAGUGUUUAUAGAAAAGCUUUUGGGGACACUUUCGAUGAUAACAACUUUAUAUGUAACUCAACAGAAGGAUUUAAUCACCCACUGCCUGGAUUGUAUGAUACUAAAUUAUCCACAUAUGGAGAAAAUGUGGAAGUGAUGGACCCAGUGCUAGAUACCUACUGGCAAUCCAAUAAUACUGUCUCUAAUGAGGGAGAUGUUGCUGACGAGCAGACCAUAGUCCUUACUUUAUCUGAUAAUUUUGUCUUCCAUUCACUCAAGCUUGUUUUCAUCAGUCCACAUAUCACAGGAAGUUUAAUGUCUGAUAUGCGUCCAAAAGCAAUGGUUGUUGAAAAGCUUAAUGGUACAGAAUGGGUACCAUUACGUUACUAUGCAGAGGAUUGUACACUUUCAUUCCCUGGAGUGACUCUUCAGGAGAGCAAUGGUCCUAGCUUCAGUGCAACAACUGCCGUGUGUAUGCAGACUUAUUUCAAAGGAGAUACACACACUCAAAAAGAGCUCUCUUAUAUUCAACAGGUGAUCUUUAAUCCAGCUUUAGAUUUCAAAAAUGAAUAUCUCUCGAGCUACACCGUUCAAAAACAUUUUGUUACAAAUGGCUUGAAGGUGCGUCUCCACACCCCUGCUAUUCUUGAGCCUCUGCAGUCUUACUAUGCCAUUGGAAACAUGGAUCUUAAAACAUCUUGUGCAUGUUACGGUCAUUCAAGCGAAUGUACUGGUGAGAACAAAAACCAGUGUGUGUGUGAACACAACACCAUGGGCUUACACUGUGAAGAGUGUCUUCCACUCUUCAACAAUAAACCUUGGAAGAUGGGUAGCAUCAUAAAUUCUCAGAGCUUGUCCAAUGCUUGUGAAGACUGUGGUUGCCAUGGGCAUGCAACUUCCUGUAUAUACAAUGACGUCAAAGAAUAUGGGGUGUGUCAGAAUUGCUCAUUGAACACAGCUGGGGAUAAAUGUGAAUUCUGUGUAGAUUACUACUAUGUGAAUCCCAAUUGGGACAGCUUUGGCAAUGUCACUGAAGAUUGCCUUGGUUAUGCCUCGGGAGAAACAAUUGACACAUAUAAUUGCGGAUUGUGGUGCGUUCCUUGCAACUGUAGUAGAGCAGGUUCUCUAGCAUCAAGCUCAUAUAACUGUCAGAAUUCAACAGGCCAGUGUGAGUGCAAGCAGAAUGUUGAAGGAAGGGCAUGUGAUGUUUGUAAAGAUUUUCACUGGAACCUAGCUCUGGAGGACCCAGAUGGUUGCAAAGUAUGUGACUGUGACCCUGUAGGGACCUACAAUAGCUCUAAUCUCUGUGACAAACAUACAGGGACAUGUAUAUGUAAGAGUAACACCGAGGGGAGAAAAUGCUCAGAGUGCAAGCCUGGAGCAUUCAACCUUACAAUUUCUAAUCCUGAUGGAUGUGACCCAUGUGACUGUGACCCAGGGGCAUCAGAAGACACAACAUGUCAUGAAACCAUUGGUACUUGUACAUGCAAACAAUAUCUUACAGGGCGUGAUUGUAGACAGCCUGUUCCAGGGUACUAUAUACCCAGACUGGACCAUUUCAGGUUUGAAGCAGAGUUUAUACCAGAUGCGCAGACAUUCUCUCCAAUCAUAGAAGUAGAAGGCCACGGAGAGAUGGAUGGCAAGGUAUCUGGAACUGGCUUUUUGGAGAUUCAUCCUAACAGUCAACUUGUAUUCUUUGUGUCUGUACCUAAGACACAACUGUACCAAGUCAUUGUGAGAUAUGAGACUUCCUCGAACUUCCCUGCAGUGAAAGUUGUAACUGCUUUGCUGGUUCCUGAGCCAUAUACAUGUGGGGGGACAUCAUAUGAUGGAGCAACAACCCAAGAUAUGGAUAAGUCUAUGCUGAUAGCCUUAUCUGCUACAUCCAUAGACUUUGGCAAUGUGUGCCUGAAGGCCAGCUCUAACUACAGCAUCACUAUAGAGGUUGGACAGGACCAGGAGUCUAGGGCUGGUGCAUCAAUUCUCAUAGAUUCGAUUGUGCUACUACCAGUUGUGUCAACCACUUUGGCUUACUUGAAUGGAGAUGAGUCAGUCCAACAGCAGCUUCUUGAAUGUGCUGAGCUGGCAUCACAUAUGAACUACACUGCUAUGAGCAACAUUAGCUGUUCAAGACUAGAAUACUCUGUUAUGGCUGAGUUCUAUGAUAGCGCUUUAGAGUGCAGAUGUGAAUCUACUGGUACGGUGGCGAACACAGAGUGUGCAGGUGAUGGGGGUCAGUGUCAGUGCAAGCCUGGGGUUAUGCUCCUGGACUGCAGUAUGUGUAAGGUCAAUCACUAUGGUUACAGCAGUGGAGAAGGUUGUCAAGCUUGUGGCUGCCAUGAGACUGGUUCACAGAGACCAUCAUGUAAUGAGACUGGCUCAUGUUCUUGUAAACCACAUGUCAUUGGGAACAAAUGUGACCAGUGUGAACCUUUCCAUUAUGGGCUGUUCAGUGGAGGCAGUGGAUGUAAGGCCUGCACGUGUAAUUUGCAGUAUUCCUACAACAACAGCUGUACAGAUGAUGGCCAAUGUCCUUGUAAACAAGGCAUAGGUGGAGCAACAUGUACACAAUGUCUAGAUGGAUAUUACAAUCAGACUAGUGAUGGAUGCACAUCAUGUGAUUGUCAUAUAGAUGGCAGCACUACUGGUAGAUGUGAUAAGUCUAUUGGGGAUUGUUCAUGCAAACUCCACACAACUGGAGAGAAAUGUGACCAAUGUCAACCAGAAUAUUUUGGACUGGGACAAUGGAGUCCAGAUGGAUGUAUGCCAUGUUUCUGUUCGGGACAUUCUGAUAACUGUUCAUCCGCCCCAGAUUACAUACUGGCUUCAGUUAAGAAUCAUUGGUCUUAUAAUGAUGGAUCUGCCAUUGAAGAUAGAUGGAGGAUGGAGGAUGAGAAUGGCAUGGCAGUUCCCGUUGCUUAUCCAUCAAUAUCAUUUCAAGAUAAAUGGCAAUUUGUAAUGAGGAUAAUAAAUGAUGCCACCAUAGAGAAACGUCAAGAUGUCUACUUCCUUGUGUCCAGUCAGUACCUUGACGACAUGAGAUCAGCCUAUGGCUUCAACUUUACUCUAGGGAUUGCAAUGGCCAUACCUGGUAUUACAAACUACACUGCUAACAUCUCUUCCCUAGAACUGGUGGACCGUUCAGCUGGGGAUGUUGUCUUAGUGGGAAGUCAUGUUGAUUUUACAUUGGUUGCAUCCCUGCCAAGCUUGCCUCAGAUAACCCCUACUCAAUUCACUUUUAAUGUGCAUGAGAGUCAGUGGAAAGUGAAUUUCACUACUAACAGAGGUGCCACCUAUAGAGAGAUGCUACAACUAUUAGCAGAUUUAAAAGCAAUACGAAUCCGUGGAAAAUACAGCAAUGUAAGCAAUGUCAAUGUUGAUAUCUACUAUGCACAAAUGUUUUUCUCAGUGAGGGACAACUCAACUGGAGCAGCCAUUGUCAACAAUGUAGAGCAAUGUGUAUGCCCAAUUGCUUAUAUGGGCCAGUUCUGUGAACAAUGUGCUCCUGGUUACAGACGAAAAAUCCUAAAUGGUGGUCCUUAUUCCGAAUGUAUUCCAUGUGAUUGCAAUGGACAUAGCACAGAGACAUCUUGUGAUGUCGAGACAGGGACAUGUUACUGUGCUCAUAACACCACAGGCACGCACUGUGAGAAGUGUGUAGAGGGAUUUUUUGGUACACCCACCGAAGGCACCCCAUAUGAUUGUUCUCCUUGUAUGUGUCCUGGCAAUGUUAUAGAGGGAGACUUAAAUGUGUUUGCUUCAACAUGCUCAGUGAAAGGUGACAGCCAUAUGUGUCACAACUGCACCGAGGGCCAUGGGGGUGACAGGUGUCAGGUCUGUCUACAAGACUGGUAUGGACAACCAGAGAAUGUCUCGAACGCUGGUGGGGUCUGUAGUCAGUGUAGCUGUAACAAUAGGGCAAUUACAUGUGACACUGAGACAGGAUAUUGCAUCGACUGUGCCAACAACACUGCAGGCCAACAUUGCGAUAUAUGUGCACCUAAGUACUUUGGUAAUGCCAUGACUGAAAAGUGCCAACCAUGUGCAUGCAGUAACUUAGGUGCAACAGGGUUCUGUAACCACCUGACAGGGACCUGUGAAUGUCAUCCAAAUGUACAAGGCCUUUCCUGUGAUAGUUGCAUUCUAAAUUCCUUCAACUAUACAAGUGGUCAGGGAUGCACUCUGUGUGACUGUGAUCCUGUGGGCUCUAUAGCAACUAGUUGUAACACUACAACUGGCCAAUGUUUGUGUAGAACUCAUGUGAUUGGUAGACAGUGCAACUACUGUGAGGACACCUAUUGGAAUGUUAAUGAGGCGACUGGUUGUAAUGAAUGUGAGUGUAACCCUGCAGGGACCCUUAAUACAACAAGUGAGACAUUUGGCAAAUGUAACGUCACUAGUGGCCAGUGUACUUGUGCUAAGGAGGCAAUCAUAGGAGUCACCUGUGAUCAAUGUGCCAAGGGAACUAAAGUUGGCUUCCAGUUUGUUGAGGGUAUUUAUGUAGGAGAGUUCCCUGACUGUGAGUUAUGUGGAGAAUGCUAUGAUAACUGGGCCAAAAACAUUGAUGAAGUAGGAGUUGUAAUACAACAGCAGUAUGGGGUAGCCAUAGAUAUAUGGAAUAACUAUGAUAAUGCAAGCACAAGUGAAGUUAGUCCAUUGUUAGAUGGUAUUAGAGGAAACAUAUCUCAGGUGGAAAGUUCAAUAGGAUCAGCACAGACCAUGACACAAAACCUAUUGUAUCUUCAACAGGGAUUUGAUCAGAUUCAAGCUGAAAUUGAAAAAUUUAGUAGCUUGUUGAAUGUCAUAGAAGAGCUACGUGCUGUGAUUAACAACAACUUGACGAUUGCCAGACAAUAUACAUCUGAAACGCAGGUCUCUCCAGGUGUCUUGAAGACAGCCAAUCAGAUAUUGAAUUCAACAAUUGAUGCCAGGAACCACUUGAAUGACAGUUCCACAAAUGCCACAUCAUCAUAUGAUAACAUCAUUGAUAUGGCUGAUACACUGAGGAACUCAAAUACAACAGUUCAAGAACUUAUUACAAGAGUGGCAGAGUCUAUGAACACCUUAGAUGAAGCUAUUGCUACCCGUGGCACAGUUGAGAGCAUUAUUGGAGGCAAUUUUGAGGUGCAGUUUAACACAAACAAUGAUGCACUCACAAAUGCUGCAGCCUUGGAUGUAGGAUUCCCACCAAGGAUAACUUCUGUUGGAGCCCAGUUGAAUAGCACAACAGUCAACCUGACAUUCUCUGAAAACAUAUGUGCAGAGGUGGAAGUAUUGGCCACAGACCUAAGGGACAGUAUGUUGGGCAAUAUGACACAUGCCCAGAUUGUGAAGUUUAACUCAAGUGAGGCUGAUCGCGUAUCUCAGAUGGGUCAGAGUGCUGCAAGAGCAUACCAGGAAACUGCACAAUGGACUAAAGGCAACAUGACUGAUACCAUUGAAAGUAUAGCACAAGGAAUGAUUGACCUUCAGCAAGCAGAUAAUGACUCAUUAGAUGCUUUAGCAAUGGCUCAGAAUACUCUGGGUAUGAAUUUGAGACAAUUGGAUGACAUUCAGAGCAUUACAUCAGAGAUCACUGCCACUUCUAUUGCUUCUAUUGAGGUAGAACAGGUCUUUCAAGAGGCUGAAAGUGCACUAACUGAAGCAGAACAGGCAUUACAAGUCACAGAGCAAGCACAGGAUUCAGCUGAACAAUCCCUGGGUCAAGUGCAGACCAUCCAGCAGAAUCUUGUGGAAGCCAGUCAGCUUAGAAAUGACAGCACUAAUAUUCUAAAUGAGGCUGUACAAUCCAACACAACAGUCUCAAAUAUAUUAUCCCAGGUGAACACCAAGACAAUGGCUGCUUCCAGUCUUGGAACAACAGCAUCUGACAUGUUGACCAAUCUGCUGCAACAAACUGGUGUAAUCCAGCAGUGUUUUGCUGACGAGGAAGCUGUCAGUGCAGACUACUUUAAUAAAGCCAAAGAUCACUUGAAUGCAGCAAUAGCAACACAAACGAGUCAGGUUGACAAUGGCAACUACUUGCAAAGUCUCAGUGAAGAAAUCUCAAGUAGCUAUACUGAUGCAACCUCCAAGAUGGCCGACAUUGAGGUUCUGGAAGGUGAUGUUAACACUCUUGAAGAUGACCUCCAAGCUGUUAAAGAUAUCACAAAUUUAGCAGAUUUACUGGAUUCAUACAAUCAAGUGAAAAUUGAGAUGCAGACAACUGAGCAAGACAUGAUUAUAAUGGAGGCAGAAUUAGACUUCUUGAUCUCAUCUCUAGAGACAUUCAAUCCUGACACAGUAUCUUGUAACAGUCCUUGAAACAGCCUCAUGGAAUAUUAUUGACCGUUGAAAGGGAUUGUGUGUAAUACUAAUAAUAUGUCUGAUGUACAUUUCUGUAUUUCCAAUAUGUUCAAUUUUAGCCAUUGUCAUAUUGCUGUCAUAUUCCUCACUCUCUUGUUAGUUUAAUGUAUUUAAUAAUACACAUCCAAAACAUAUUUUGUCAGAUUAAGACCUAAUAUAAUUGUAUUUAUCAGUGUUAAAACAUAAGAGUUAAUAAUAAUGAGAAUAGUGAGCUUGACAGUGAUAUAAUAAAACAAAUAUUUCAUUCUAUUUUCAGUGAAUACCUGUGGCAUUUUCACAAGAUGAUAUUCUACUAGCCCUUUGUACCUUAUUGAAUUUCA